CCAAGACGUCCGCAACAUGGACUCAAAGUCGCAGUUCCUGCCUGGUGCGUUGUCUGGUGGAGCGGCUCGAGCGCGUGACCAUGCGCAUCGCUCUGGUCGCCUGAUAGUGGCCUGCAUCAUCGUACAAAUCAUUAUCCUCAUCUACCAUCUCACGGGCCCACCGAAAUCGCUGUCCCGUUCACUGGGUCUGAACACGGAGCCAGAUUUCUCACAUCUUGCCGACCACUGCGCUCAUAUCUCCCCGAUACCUGCUAGUUCUUUCGUGCAGCGGCAGCAAGCGCUUGCGGAGACCCUUCACUCGCUGAAUGCUUCAGCCUACAUUGCCGAGCCCGGCGCGAGCGCCGGUUAUUUUGCUAAUCUGUCGGAGGCGCAAUGGUUCCUCUCAGAACGACCGCUAUUGCUUAUCAUCUCACCUGAGGUCGAUGCUGAAGAGCAGGUGAAGGCUCGUGUCUCAAUAUUGACGCCGGCAUUCGAGGCUACUCGCGCAAAGCUGCUUUCCAUUCCAAGUGCUUCUGAUAUAUCAUAUCCAACAUGGUCGGAAGACAUGGACCCCUAUGAUGUGGCGCUGUCCGCAAUUCCUCACCUGCGGGAAGGAACAAUAUUCGUCGACGGGAUGCUGAGGAGCUUUGUUGCGGACGGCCUUCAGAAGGCAUCACCAGAGUUCAAGGUGACUCUUGCGCCUAUUGAGAUCCGACGGCUCAGGGAGAGGAAAAGCGAGGAGGAGCUCGAGAUCAUGAAAUGUGUGAAUGAGGUCACCGUUCUAGCUAUUCGUGCAGUACGCGAGAACAUGUACAUAGGUAUGCGUGAAUCCGAGGCUCGUCAACUGAUCGUGAAGGCGCUCUCCGCUGCCGGGCUGCAAAACCCAGGCGCCCUCACUUUGUUUGGAGAAAAUGCUGCUCUUCCUCAUGGCAGCGGCACGGAUCGUGUGCUGGGGGCGCACGACUUUGCUUUGAUUGAUUGUGAUGGAUCACUGCACGGUUACCACAGCGACGUCACGAGGACAUUCGCUCUCCCUGGCUCCACGAUCCAUGCGACCUACCUGAGAUUAUGGCACCUAGUGCAUUCGGCACAGGCCAAUGCACUCGACGCCGCACGAAAUGGGACAACCACUGCCGAAGUAGACCGUGCUGCGAGAGACACACUCGCCGCGCAAGGCUAUGCAGAAUAUCUCACGCAUAGGCUUGGCCACGGCAUCGGCCUUGAAGUCCACGAAUCACCAUACCUGCGUGGGGGCUCCUCGGAUGUCAUCCUCACAAGACACACAUUCUCUGACGAGCCCGGUAUCUACAUGGAAGGGCAGGUGGGCAUCAGGUUGGAGGACUGUUUCUACGUAGCUGAGAACGGGAGUGCUGUUCUGCUGACCGCGGGAGUGGGUGGUGCUGCGACCAGCCCAUGGGACCCUUGAGUCCAUGACACUGCCGGCAGCUCUCUUCCCCCAUAGUAUGCUGAAUGUGGCUGUGAGGAGGGCUGUGGGGAGUGCGCUCGGCAUCGACGAUAACAUAGACUAGGCUGUAAUUGUAGCCGUGGGAAUAUACUCACUAUUGGAAUUCGAUGGGCCG